AACGGGCCCCCGUGUGACGUCAGAACUUCGCGCCUGAGAAGACGGAGCGUAGAGGAAACAUCGUGAUCUUUCUUCUUCGUUUGACUCUUUUGAAUUAAAAUGCCGAAAGUGAAGAGGAGCAGGAAGCCUCCUCCGGACGGAUGGGAACUCAUCGAGCCCACUUUGGACGAGCUGGACCAGAAGAUGAGAGAAGCGGAGACGGAGCCUCACGAGGGCAAGAGAAAGGUGGAGUCUCUUUGGCCGAUUUUCCGGCUUCAUCACCAGCGGAGUCGAUACAUCUUCGAUCUGUUUUACAAGAGGAAAGCCAUCAGCAGAGAGCUCUAUGAGUAUUGUAUAAAGGAAGGAUACGCAGACAAGAACCUGAUCGCUAAGUGGAAGAAGCAGGGCUACGAGAACCUCUGCUGCCUGCGCUGCAUCCAAACCCGAGACACUAACUUUGGAACAAACUGCAUCUGCAGAGUCCCCAAGAGCAAACUGGAAGUGGGUCGGAUCAUUGAAUGCACUCACUGUGGCUGCAGAGGAUGUUCUGGUUAGCAGCCGCUUUCUGAACAUAGAAACCUGAGACAGUCAACGGAAACCAACGUGAUCUUCAUCAUCAUCCUCAGCUGUCUUUAUGGGGGGGGGGGUCAUUUUUUAUCAUUAUAGUUGAUGUGUUUUGUUUUUACAUGUGGGGCCCUUGACUUCCAAAGCUCAAAGCAGGAAGUGGUGUUUGUGAAGCAGGAAGUGGAUCGGGCCGUCACUGGACUCGUGGCUGUGAAGGAAAAAGAAUAUUCUGAUGUUUGGUUUUUUAACGGGCUGAGAGGAAAGUGAUGUGUUAACUUCUUGUUGUUGUAGUUUGAUUUCAAUAAAACUUUCUGAUGGAC